AUGGAGGGGAACAUCCCCAGCCAAGUCAUGCCAGAGCCCGAUGAGGGUAUCUCCACCGAUAGGCGUCCGUCCACCGACGAUCAUGCCGAUCUCUCAGAUACGGCCUCCGAGACAGGCUCCGGUGGCGGCAAGGACUCCGGCUGCGAAGUCGCUCCGGACCCCCAGGAACCGCCGUACACACCGCCGGACGAGGAACUAGCCAACCGCAUUGUGUCACAAGUGGAAUUCUACUUUUCGGACGCUAAUAUAACUAAAGACGCAUUCCUGCUCAAGCACGUUCGUCGCAACAAGGAAGGGUAUGUGUCACUCAAGCUGAUAUCCAGUUUCAAACGCGUCAAGCACUUAACCAAGGACUGGCGAGUGGUCGCUGAAGCUUUGAAACGGUCGACAAAAUUAGAAAUCAAUGAGCCGGGAACCAAGCUUCGUCGGAUCGACCCUCUCCCGGCGUACGACGAAACUACCCCGUCCAGGACCGUCGUGGCUGUCAGAAUGCCUAUAGAUCGCCCUACAGUCGAGAAUGUUUCGAGAUUGUUUGCGAGCUGUGGUGAGAUAGCUCUAGUCCGCGUCCUCCGACCCGGGAACCCGGUGCCAGCGGAUGUCCGUCAAUUCCUUAACAAGAAUCCUAGUUUGGUGAAUUGUGUGUGCGCGUUGGUGGAGUUUACGGAGUCGGAAGCUGCUAGAGGUGCCCUUCGUCUUCAAAGUUCUGAUGAAGAAGGUAUGCGUGUGUAUGAACUGAACGGUGUCCCCCGGGAGCCUAAGAGGAAAGCGCCAGUGCGUCGCCCUGCAAAUAGGCGUCACGAAUGCGAAUACUCUUCAUGCUGUAGUGGUUCGGAGGCUGAAUACGAUUAUAGAUAUGGAACGCCAUUUUAUAGAAGAAAUUCUAGUGGGUUCUUCACACCUCGAUCACCUGAAAUACAAACGUGGAUUCCUCGUAGACCCUCAACUUGUAGUCAUAGUUCUGAUUCUGGUGUUUCUUUCUUUUGUGGGUCAAGGAGAGCGUCACAAGCGAGUACCGGUAGUACUAGCAGUGCUGAUGGGUGGUUGGCAAGGAGGUUGUCUGGUUGCUCAAUAACUGGCGGUACUGAAUGUGGUGGAAGAAGGUUGUCAUGUACCCCUAGAUUUGAACCCCGCACCCCUGUAGUUCCGGACGGCACGCGAGGCUUCCACGCCGCCGCACGCCAACGCAGAAUCUCGGACCUCGCGUUGUAUUCGCGC